GCCUGGGGAAACCACGGGAAGCGAGAGAGGCAGUGAGAAAGCCAUCUGAUCAGCUUGCGAACAUUAAUCAGAGCUCCUGCCCCUCCCCCACACUGCAGUGUGACAGAAGCAUGUUCUGCUGAAGCAGGGAUGGGGAGAUACCAGGCAAGAACUGAGCCAUCGGGGAGGUAAGAAAGGGAAAAGGCAGAGCGUGAGUGAGCAAGUGGUGCAGGGUUUGCUCACGGGAGAGAGAGCGGGAGAGAGAAGGAACGAGAGCGCAAAGAGAGACAACGAGAGAAGAUCUGGCAGGCGUUCUAGCUGCCAGGGCUGAAGCUGAUUGGCUGAUCAAGCAGAGAUUGCUGAUGCCUUUUAGGGGGCAUCUCAGAGGAAUCACUGUGAAACCUGGGAGAGAGCACCGUCAUCUCUGCAUUGCUUGGAGCUUUCAGCUGCCUGACUGGAACUUUGGAGGUGGAUCCAGGCACUCAGAGAGCGUCCGGGUGUUUCCACCCCUCCCCAGCCCUAUACCUGCCUACCAGUUCGAUCCUCUUGCCAGUUCUGAGCUCUCUCACAGGAUUCAGCAAUGAACUACUUGCGUCGACGCUUGUCAGACAGCAGCUUCAUCGCUAACUUACCUGAUGGGUACAUGACAGACCUUCAGAGACCUGACCCUCCUCCACAGCCUCCGCCCCAAGCCAAAGGUCCAGUGGCUCCCCGUGUCACCUCUCCUGCUCCAGACCGAAGAGCUCAGCCUGCCCAGCCUGCCCAGCCUGCCGAGGCAGCCCAGGCAGCCCAGGCUGUCCAUCACCCCCAGCCACCCUACUCUCCCCAGUUGGCUCAGUCAGCUGGGACAGGAUUCUUCAGCUCCAUCACCAAUGUGGUCAAGCAGACUGCUGCUUCAGCAGGAUUGGUGGAGCAGACUCCCACCGGAGCCCCAAAAAAGUUCAAGAUCCUGAUGGUCAUUGACAAAGCUCAGCAGGACUGGGUGAGGCUUUUCAAAGGAAAGAAAGUACAGGGAGAGUAUGAUGUCAAAGUGGAACAGGCUGAAUUCUCCGAGAUCAGCCUCGUGUCACAAGCCAAUGGAACUUGCAAUGUGCAUGUGCAGGUGCUCCAAAAUGGGACCAAGGCAGUCAGGUCCUUUAAGCCCGAUUUUGUCCUGAUCCGGCAACAUGCUUUCAGCAUGGCAGAGAAUGAGGACUUCCGCAAUGUGAUAAUUGGCCUCCAGUACGCUGGAAUUCCAAGCAUCAACUCCCUGGAAUCUGUCUACAACCUCUGCGAUAAACCCUGGGCGUUUGCUCAGCUAAUAAGCGCCUACAAAAGCCUUGGGCCUGAGAAAUUCCCCCUGAUUGAACAGACCUUCUAUCCAAACUAUAAAGACAUGGUCACUAUGCCUACUUUUCCUGCUGUUGUAAAAAUUGGACAUGCUCACUGUGGCAUGGGAAAGGUGAAGGUGGACAACAACAGUGGCUUUCAGGACAUUACCAGCGUCGUAGCCCUGACACAGGCCUACACCACCACCGAGCCCUACAUCGACUCCAAGUAUGACAUCAGGAUCCAGAAGAUCGGCAGCGAUUACAAAGCCUACAUGAGGACCUCGAUCUCUGGCAGCUGGAAAGCAAAUGCCAGCUCAAGCAUGGUCCAACAAGUAGCCAUGACUGAUAGGUAUAAGCUGUGGGUGAAUACUUGCUCUGAGAUUUUUGGGGGACUGGACAUCUGUGCAGUCAAAGCCAUCCAUGGCAAAGAUGGGAAGGGUUACAUCAGUGAGGUUGUUGGUUCAUCCAUGCAUCUGAUUGGAGAGCACCAAGCUGAGGACGAGCAGCUCAUCUGUGACUUAGUUGUGGCAAAAAUGAAUGAGACAAUGACACGGUCUUCUCAGAGGCCAACUACAGUCCAGCCAUCGCAGAGAACAGCCCCAGAUGAGGUUUUGGCAAACCCCAAUAAGAUGGCAGCCCAGCGACCAUCACCACAAGGGGUCCCAGUGAAACCCCAAGAAUCCCAUUCCCAAAGACAGCAGUUCUUCUCAGAGCUGACCCAAGCUUCAUUCCAAGACAGUCAACACCCAAAGGGUGAGGAGCUAUCUGAGGAUCAAUCAUCCAGAGCUCAGACUCAAACACCAGCAUCUCCCAAACAGCUGAAGUCCAAACACUGGCUUCACCACCAGCUCCCUACAAAUGCUCAGGCCCAGUCUCAUAUUCAGCCCCAAACACACCCCCCACCUCUGGAACAAGGUCAAGUUCUGCCCUGUGCUCCUUUACAAGCCCAGCCAACUGCGGAGGAUCAGACUACAGAAGUGAAGGCUCAGUCCCAACCACAGCUGAAUAAAUCCCGAUCGCUGACUAAUGCCUUCAGCUUUGGUGGAUCAUCUUUCUUUCGCUCCAGCAACGAGGACCAGGCCAAAGCGGAGUCCAUCCGCAAUCUCCGCAAGUCUUUCGCUAGUCUCUUCUCCGACUAGCUUCAGAAAAUCCAUGAACAUGAACAUGUGUCAAGUGGUAUUAAUUAAAUAUACAAGUUUAAAUGCCUCGCCAUGUCAGAUAUUCAAUGUCCUUUAAAAAACAACAGCCAUUUCAGAGGUGUUAAGCAGAGUGUUGCCGUUUUUUUAUAGUUUGCAGGGGUCAAACAAAGGUGAUUUAAAAACAAAAUGCUAAAUUUUGCAGAACAUGUGUAUUGAGUUAUGCUUUGGAUGUUGUCCUCUUAUUGCUCUUAUUACUUUUGUGCUUAACCUGCAAAACUUUCUAUUAAGAAUUCCUUUCUUAAUGUACUUUGUGUGUGGCUAUCCAGGUAUGCAUGUUUGAGAUCUCUGCAAGUAGGUUGUUCUCACAGAUUAAUAAAUACUUAACAUGACCAAAAAGUACUAUUCAUGCCAAUAGAUCCAUACAAGCUAUACAAAAGCAGUGAUAUGUCAAAUUGUACUGUUAUUAGACACUUAAGGCUUAUGUGCAGAAAUUGCAGUGUUUUAUGGACACAAUUUAAGUGUGUUGUAUUCUCUUUCUUCAUCAGUUCUUCUAUUUGGAUCUUGUUUAACCCGGGCAUAUUACAAUUCUGUGACACCGUGAGUCUUGUUUAGCUUACAGACUGUAUCAUUAAACUCUUCAAACAAAAAUUGGCUGUAAUUAUUUGUGGAUUUACAAUUUUUU